AGUUCCUGGAGAGGGUCCCGGACCCGGUCGAGGGGGAGGCGGAGGGACCCCGGGGUCCGCCCCGCUCGGCUGCCUCUGGCCUUUCAACCAGUUAUCUUGGACUACCAUUAGCUGCCACAGGAGAUUGCAAAAUACCCAGCUGGGGAGGACCUCUUGGGAAUAACAUGCUUGGAACAAGUAAUACCAAUCUCACUUCCACAAGCACAGUGAUCUACCAGCUGAAAAUUCUGCUAAAGAGUGGACACAAUCUGGCAGUACGGGAUCGUGGAGGUACCAGUGAUCCAUAUGUGAAGUUCAAAAUAGCAGGAAAAGAGGUUUUCAGGAGCAAAACCAUUCACAAGAACCUCAACCCAGUGUGGAAUGAGGAAACCACUCUUCUAAUUGAAAACAUUGCAGAGCCCUUGUACGUAAAGGUCUAUGAUUAUGACUUUGGUUUACAAGAUGACUUCAUGGGAUCAGCCUAUCUGGAUCUAAGCAAACUGGAAUUGAAAAGACUCACUGAUGUUACUUUAAACCUGAAGGACCCGAGCUAUCCUACUCAAGCUCUGGGGAGCCUGUUCAUGACAGUUAUCUUGGUUUCCAGAGAAAUUGAUCUGAAAAACACUACAUCAAUGACCACAAGUCAUCAAUGGAAGUCUUACAAGGCCACAAGCAUGCUUCCGAACAUAUCUUGGCAAACAUCAUGUAAGGCUGAGAAUAUCCGCUUACUGCAGGCGUACAAAAAGGACCAGCUCUGGAAGGGAAUUGUUGGGAUCACUCUCGUGAAGGGACAGAACCUCAAGUCUAUGGAUCCAAAUGGACUCAGUGAUCCUUAUGUAAAAUUCAAACUGGGAUGUCAGAAAUACAAGAGUAAGACUGUAUUAAAAUCUCUGAAUCCUGAGUGGCGGGAACACUUUGAUUUCUUACUGGGUGAUGAAAAGGAAGAGAUUGUAGAAAUCACUGUGUGGGACAAGGAUUCCAGGAAGAAAGACGACUUCAUCGGGAGGUGUCAAAUUAAUUUAUCGGGCCUCAGUCGGGAGCAUACUCACAAACUGGAGCUUAAUCUGUCUGAAGGCAAUGGCCGCUUGGUGCUGCUUCUUACUCUGACAGCAUCGCCUCCAGUCGAUAUUGCCGAUACAUCUGUCUCCAAAUUGGAGGAAGAGCAGCAACACAAGGCAAUAAGGCGACGAUAUUCCUUAUCAAAAUCCUUCUUCAAUCUGAGGGACAUCGGAUUUGCCAGUGUAAAGAUCAUCAGGGCAGAAGGGUUAAUGGUGGCCGAUGUCAUAGGGAGCAGUGACCCAUUUUGUGUGAUUGAACUGAACAACGACAGACUUCAGACGCAUACAAUCCAUAGGAGUCUCAACCCGAUAUGGAAUAAAGUCUUCACUUUCAACAUUAAGGACAUUCACUCCGCUCUGGAACUGACAGUUUAUGAUGAAGAUCGGGAUCGGACAGCUGAUUUCCUGGGCAAAGUUGCCAUACCUUUGUUAUCUAUUCAAAAUGGUGAAGAGAGAGCCUACGUCUUGAAAAACAAGAACCUGACAGGGCCAACAAAGGGGGUCAUCUAUCUUGAAAUGGAAGUGAUUUUUAAUGUUAUAAAGGCCAGCAUAAGAACGAUAACUCCUAAAGAAGAGAAAUACAUUGAAGAGGAGCAAAGAAUCUCAAAAGAGCUGCUGCAGAAACAUUAUUACCGUGUUAAGCGGUGCCUCCUGGUUAUCAUAAACACUGGGCGCUUUCUCAACAGCUGCUUUGACUGGGAAUCACCACAGAGGAGUCUCACAGCUUUUCUGAUCUUUCUUGUUCUAGUUUGGAACUUUGAACUCUAUAUGAUCCCACUUAUCAUACUCCUGCUCAUGGUCUACAACUAUGCUUUAUUGGCAAUGGGAAAGGACAACAGAACGAUCUCUAUGCAAGAAUUAGAGGAGAACUUGAUGGAGUAUGAGGAAGAUGAUGGUGUCAAAGUUGACAAGGAGACGGAAAGAAAAGGGUUGAUAGAUAAAUUAUAUGCCAUCCAGGAUAUCUGUGUAACUGUCCAGAAUGGCCUGGAUGAAGCCGCUUCUCUUUAUGAAAGAGUAAAAAAUACCUUCAACUGGACUGUUCCAUUCCUGAGUUGGUUGGCCGUAUUUGUCCUUACAGUUGGCACCUUACUUAUUUAUUUCGUUCCACUGAGAUAUGUUAUUCUUAUCUGGGGUAUCCACAAAUUCACAAAGAAACUUCGCAAUCCAUAUCUCAUUGAUAACAACGAGCUGUUGGACUUUCUCUCCAGAGUUCACUCCGAUGUGCAAGUGGUGCAGUAUCAGGAGCUGCAAGAAGAUUCAAGUCAGACUUCCAGCUACCACCUGAUUUCAAAGAAGAAAAACAACUCAACCUAGCCAUCCCCCUCAACCACAGCUAAGCAUCUGCUUUCUGAAGAUUAGAAAGGGAUCAGCCACGAGAGCGCCAUUUCCUUUCGUUACUUGGUUAUUUAUUUUGAUUUUUCUAAUUCAAUACAGCAUCUGUAAAUGUUGUACAAUAUUGCAUUCUCUACAUUGUUUGAAAAUGUACACACUGCUUAUUGUUGUAUAAAGCAUUUUUGUUACUUUUUUAAAAUUAUGUUCUCAUGAUAUUAAAGCUGUGCAGAACUUGCCUAAUGCCUGGAUCUUCAUGAAAUAUAAAUCAUAGAUGGCAAAUAUUCACAAACUGUCCAUUGAAAAAUACUCCAGUGCAAGAAACACAGUGUGCCAUCACAAAUUUUGAGAUUUUUAUUCAAAACAAAGUAUUUAAUCCAUUAGUAAAGGGUUCAAUGUUAAAUAAUAAGAUUUAACUGCAAUACAUAUGAACAAUAUCUGAAUUGAGUUUCUUUCUCCUUUUGCUUAACACAAAUCCUUUAUUUAUAUGUCCAUCUGCAAAGUUAACAUUUUUCUAAUGGCACUACAGAUGAAAAGUACAAUUUUAUUUUUUAAAGGUAUUUGUGGAAUUCUGGCACUACAUAAGUGACAUUUUUCGUAUUGUAUGUGUAAGGAAUAGUGCAGAGUCAAGAUAAGUGGUCGUUCUUUCUACAAAUAUUGCUGUGUUUAGGCUGCUGGAAGCAAAGUAACGUUGCUUCCAGCAGUACAGCCAUGUGAAAUUUGGGAAGCCUAAUUUAUACCUAUCACUCUUAUUAGGGCUGUGAUCACAUGCACGGAACUAUGCAGUUGAUUGUUCAUUUUCUGCUGUUAUUAAAGAGCUGGUUGUCUGAAAUAUGGGAAAGGAUAUCUGAUAUUGGAUUGAACCUGCUGUCUUUAUACCACAGUGGUCCACUUCUACAACUCAGAUAUUUCAGGUAACACCCGGAACAGGGUUCCAACAUGUUUCCCACUGGAUCAACUUUGAUUUAUAACUAUGCAUUACACAACAAUUCUUUACCAAAAUCACACCAAUUGUCCAAACGUGUAUGGUAUAAAUGCACCAUUAUGUUAAUCUGGGUUUGAAUUGAGACAUUUGUUUUUCAUUUACAUCAUAAAAUAUGUGUGGCACACAGAUCAGCCGAUCUUUUUGCUUGCAUAUAAAGUAUGAUUUUUUUAGGCAAAAGAGAGAAUUGGCUUACUUUCUGGAAUUUUAUCCAGCCUAACUAUUCCAGUGCAAGAGGCAUCUCUUUGGCAAAACAUAUAACGGCAACUGAAUUCACCUCACUUGAGUGCUCAUGGCAUGCAAUCUAGACAAACUCUAACCAUUGUGUUUGAAAAGAAAUUAUUUUUAAAUUGUUAAAAUUCCAAUUGCAGCUUUGAUGUUGGUUAAAUCUAUAAAAAUCUUGUAGUAUGUGAAUAUAUGCUGCAUAUUGCAAUAUGCAUUUUGGACUAAAUUUAAUAUUGCGUCUAUCCCAGGAUAUGGUUGUGUGUCUUGAACUUAAUCUGCAAAAAUGAGCUAAGCACUAUAAUGAGUGUUUCAUGGCAAAUCAUCAAAAGAGAAUUGCAUCUAUGUGAAGCAUGAUGAUAGUUUUGCAAAACAUUUGUAAUUUAUCUUUUGUCUUAAAGAUAUUCUGCUGCCAAAUAUAUUUACAGACACUA